UGUUGUGAGAUAUGGCAGAUGAAUCGGAAUCUAAAACACCUAGGGUUACUAAUCUAGAUGAGAAAACAUUGAAAACAGAACCAAAAGGAAAUGAUGAAGAUGAUGGAGAAAAGCAGAAAUUCAAAAUUAAACUAAAGUCGUCUGCGUUUCCACUGGAAGAAAAGAUUUUGAAAAUCAUAUUCGCAAUCUUUCUGUUUAUCAUUGUGUUUGGAAGUUGCUUUGUUGCGAGGAUUACUUUGCAUAUUUUGAUUUGGCAUAUCACUCCGCCAAUAGAAACAUCAGAUUCUGUAAUAAAUACUCUUGGAGGUCUCCUGGUAUCUAACUGUUCCAUCUGCGAUACCAGUACCAGUAAUACGACCACGUGCUUACCUCAUUCUACAGCAGUUGACAAGACUUGGAUUUGGGCUCUAUUUCUCGUCAUAACUGCACCGUAUUUCCUUACAUUCUUCUCGACUUUGUUUAGAUUAUGCUUCAAAUCGAAUGCACCGUUGAACUGUGGAGUUCUUUUGGCAGUACUUUUGAUAGAAACUAUUCAUUCGAUUGGAAUAUCCAUACUUGCAUUUCUAGUACUUCCUGCAUUUGACCCAGCUUCCGCUUCCGUUGUUUAUUUGUCUGUUGCAGUAAUACCACCUUUGAUAGAUAUAAUAGAUAAAACCGUAAAUGAACCUGAAGAAGACGACAAUGAGAAAAAAACAAAAAAAUCUACAUGCAGUGAGACUUCUAUGCUUUCAAUUGUUUUCCCGAUUUUUGGAUUUCUACUUCAAAUCGUAGGAAUAUUUCUUAUAGCUCUUUACAUAAAGAUCGGUUGGUUGAUGGGUAUGUUCUUCAUGUCAGCCAUUUUUACGUCCAUUAAGUAUUGGGAGAACUUCGUUUUUAUUGGAGGAGACAGCUCAAGGUUCCUUUGUAGGGUGAAAUGGGAAAUGCAUAAGGGAAGAACAAAAGUAGCGUGUCUGGUCAACAUUUGGAAAAUACUCGUAACUUUCAUUGCAGUAAUGAUUAUAUUUUCAGUCCAAGGUCAAGACUCUACGUCUGGUUUGAAGUCGCUUUUCAACUCUGGUAUUUCUACAUUGACCUCUGUAUUUGGAGAUCAUACAUUUGGAAACAAUCCAAUCUGCUCAAAUCGUGCUCCAUUCAUAGUAGCUGUUAUAAGCAUAUGUUGUGAAUACCUUUGUUACAAAGCAUCAAAAACUGUAUGCGUGAUAAAUUGCCAGCGUGUUGGCUUCAGUAUUCCUUUAGUUGUAGUACCUAUAGUAACGACGUUAACGUUAGUUAGCAUGAUGCACCAACCUGACAUUUUGAAGUUUAGCUCUUGUGAUUUGCUAUUUUCUACCUGGUGUGUAAAAGGAAUUGAUCAGUUGAUUGGAAACUGCACUGAAUUAUUUGCCGCUUUCUUUGUACUUAUCGCUUCUAUACUUUUGAUUACCAGACAUAUAUGGAAAGUCAACGGUUACAAACAUGGCGAAACAGCGAGGAUGUUUGUUUCUAAUUUCUACUGCGGACUAUUUAUUGACCUCUCGCUGUUACUGAAUCGGAGGAGAAAAGACAAGGAAUAUAAUAAGAUCUUUGCUAAGGAUACUGAUACCAAAAUUCUAACAGAUAAAGACGACAAGAAACAAAAACAACCAAAGAUGUUGUAUGCUUGUUGUGCAACAAUGUGGCACGAAACAGCCAAUGAAAUGACACAGCUUCUGAAGUCAAUAUUUAAGCUAGACGCAAACCAAUUUAGGACUUCACUAAAGGCCGGCUUAUUACUUGAUGAUGAGGAUGCAAUAGAAGAAGAUUAUAACCUCGAAGCUCAAGUUUUCUUUGAUGAUGCCUUUAUUCCUUUAAAAGAGGGAGAAAAAUAUCCAGAGGUUAAUAGCUAUGUAAAGACAUUCAUUGAUUGCAUUUAUGUGGCUGGAAGAAAAGUGCAUGGAGAGGAACUAAAUGUAGAUUCUGGAACCAUGUACAGAACACCCUAUGGCGCAAGAAUCGAAUGGACUCUACCAGGAGAAAACAAAAUGGUCGCCCACCUGAAAGAUAAGACCAAAAUUCGUCACAAGAAACGAUGGAGUCAGGUCAUGUAUAUGUAUUAUAUUUUACACUGGUGCAUACUAGAAAAGUAUGGAGAGUCAGGAAAGCAAGCAGCCUUGGAUAAUACAUACCUCUUAGCUCUCGAUGGAGAUGUUGAUUUUGAACCAGAAGCUGUACUUAGUUUGAUGAGAAGAAUGAACAAGUCAAAGAUUGUCGGAGCAGCCUGUGGAAGGAUUCACCCCAUAGGAUCAGGACCAAUGGUAUGGUAUCAGAAGUUUGAAUAUGCGAUAAGUCACUGGUUGCAAAAAGCAACAGAACACGUGAUUGGUUGUGUACUGUGCAGCCCAGGAUGCUUCAGUUUGUUCCGGGGUUCCGCUCUUAUGCAUCCAGAGGUGUUACAAAAGUACACGACAAUUGCAAAUGAAGCUCAACAUUAUGUUCAAUAUGAUCAAGGUGAAGACAGAUGGUUAUGUACGUUACUGCUAAAACAAGGAUGGAAAGUAGAGUACUGUGCAGAAUCGGAUGCAUAUACCUUUGCACCGGAAGGAUUUUAUGAAUUUUACAACCAAAGACGCAGAUGGACGCCUUCAACAAUGGCUAAUAUUCUUGAUAUCAUACUUGACUGGAAAAACGUCACAAAGAAAAAUGAGAAUAUAUCUUUUUUGUACAUUGUCUACCAGAUGAGUUUGUUCGUAUCCACGUUGUUAACACCGGGUACAGUAUUUAUGAUUAUAUUGGGAGCGAUAAUUGUUGGAUUUGAAGCAAUCCCACCAUAUGUGUCCCUUCUCCUGAAUUUGUUUCCUGUUGGAUUGUUUCUGCUUAUGACUCUUUAUGCGUCAUCCCAAAGACAGCUUCAAUUAGCUGCCGUGCUAUCAGCCAUUUAUGUUAUUGUGAUGAUGAUUGUAAUGAUUGGUGUAGUUAAAGACGCUAUAGAUGAAGGAGUUUGCUCUAUGACGACCAUCUUUAUCAUAUUUGUUGCAGGUGUUUUCGUGGUAUCGGCAUUAAUUCAUCCAAAGGAAUUUUUCUGUAUCAUACCUGGAUUGUUGUAUUUUGUGGCUAUACCGUCGAUGUCCAUGUUGAUGUUCCUUUACUCGAUUGGAAAUCUUCACAUAGUAUCAUGGGGAACUCGGGAAACCAAAGAAACGUCCGACAACACGAAACCUGACAAAAAGUUUAAACCAGAAAAAGAAGAAAAGGGAUAUUUUUGUUCACUAGGAAAAUUUUUCAGUUGUAUGUUGUGUCCAACAAAUGAUUACAACAAAGACGAUUUCCUAUACUCUAAUAUGAUGGACGAAGUCAGAGAUGUCAGAGAAAUUAUGAACAAAGAUAAAGAAGAACAAAAGGAAAAAGAAAUGAUAGAUAAAGUUGACCAAUCAACACAGGUCAGACAAACAGAUAUUGAUAAGGAGCAGCAACCUGAAAUAGAAAACAAGAAAAAAGAGGAGCCGAUACAGUGGCACAUAUAUGCAGACAAAACUGCUGAACUUAUUUCAAAAGAAGAGCGAAAGUUUUGGAAAAAAUAUAUUAAGAAAUAUCUAGCACCUUUACCCAAAGACACUAACAAGGAAAAGGAAGUCGAAGAGGCCUUAAUUGAUUUAAGAAAUAGGGCGUGUUUGUUUGUCUAUUUACUUAAUGCUAUUCUUGUUACAGUAAUGUUCGGAUUAACUCAGGUAAACGCUUUUAAAGAUUCCUUAUCUAUAGACUUUGAGUGCAGUGGGGGUACAAUCCAACUGGUACCCAUUGCAAUACUAUUUACGGCCGUCUUUGGUCUUCUGUUGUUGCUUCAGUUUCUGUGUAUGUUGUAUCACAGAUUUUCAACGCUUGUGCAUAUCUGUGCAACUACCGAAAUCUGGGAAGGUGUUAGCACUUAUACAGAUAAAACGACUGCUGAUUUUGCUGACUUUUUAACAUCGCCAGUAAUAGUUCCUGUUGCACCGUCAACAAUAACGUAUACCGAUAAAGAUAGAAAAUUCAUGAACUUGAAAACGUCGAUUACCAAAUUAGGUGGUAUGAAGUUCAAGAAUCUACGGGACGUUGUGAACGCAAAUUGGGCGAAGGCACCUUUACAAGAUCUUAAGGGUUCGUUAUUUUCAAGAAACGAAGAGAUCGCAAAAAAAGUAAUGGCUAAAUGGCAAAACGUUAAAGAUAAAACUGUAGUAAAGAAAGAACCAAAAUUAAUGGGCAUUGUUGCAGCUGCUCAACAACAAAAGAAAAAUCUUAUCCCAGAGAAUGAAAAGAAAGGAAAGACCGGGGCUAGCAGAAACAAGGUAGAACCCUUUGAUAGGACGAGAUCAGGAUCAACGUCUUCUGAAGGGGAACAACACAAAACAAAGUCGGACAAUUCUAAUGUUAAGUUUGGUAGUGAUAGCAACGUUUGAAAAAUAGUUUGUUACAAUAUAUUCAAUUAUUUACAAUAGCGUGGUAUUAUAAUAUUUUUACACUUUAUUUUUGUAUUUAUUUGUAGCAUAACUUUUGUCUGGUGAAAUAUGCCUUAUUUUCCUAGUUUUACUUUUUUAUAAUAAA